AUGUCCAACAGCAGCUCCAUCAGCCACUUCCUCCUGCUGGCAUUGGCAGACACGCGGCAGCUGCAGCUCCUGCACUUCUGCCUCUUGCUGGGCAUCUCCCUGGCUGCCCUCCUGGCCAACGGCCUCAUCAUCAGCGCCGUAGCCUGCGGCCACCACCUGCACACGCCCAUGUUCUUCUUCCUGCUCAACCUGGCCCUCAGCGACCUGGGCUCCAUCUGCACCACUGUCCCCAAAGCCAUGCACAAUUCCCUCUGGGACACCACCACCAUCUCCUACAAAGGAUGUGCUGCUCAGGUGUUUUUCUUUGCCUUUUUCAUGUCAGCAGAAUUUGCGCUUCUCACAGUGAUGUGCUAUGACCGCUAUGUGUCCAUCUGCAAACCCCUGCACUACGGGACCCUCCUGGGCAGCAGAGCUUGUGCCCACAUGGCAGCAGCUGCCUGGACCAGUGGUUUCCUCAAUGCUCUGCUGCACACAGCCAACACAUUUUCCCUGCCCCUGUGCCAUGGCAAUGCCCUGGGCCAGUUCUUCUGUGAAAUCCCACACAUCCUCAAGCUCACCUGCUCACACUCCAAACUCAGGGAAUUUGGGAUUACUGUCCUAAGUGCUGUUCUAUAUCUCGGUUGUUUUGUGUUCAUAGUUUUCUCCUAUGUGCAGAUCUUCAGGGCUGUGCUGAGGAUCCCCUCUGAGCAGGGACGGCACAAAGCCUUUUCCACCUGCCUCCCUCACCUGGCCGUGGCCACCAUGUUCCUCAGCACUGGCACAUUUGCCUACCUAAAGCCCCCCUCCCUCUCCUCCCCAUCCCUGGAUCUUUCAGUGUCAGUUCUGUACUCUCUGGUGACUCCAGCCCUGAACCCCCUUAUCUACAGCCUGAGGAACCAGGAGCUCAAGGAUUCCCUGAGAAAACUGGUGACUGUAUCUUCAAAAGCAAUAAAUUCCCUUUUCUGCUGCAUAGCCUUCAGAAUGUAACUCUUACAAUCUCAUCCU